UUCGGGGAUGGGUUACGUCACCGCAGUGAACUGUUUGCUGAUCUUGACUGCAUUAUGUCUUGCCCAGGCGACCUCGAACAACUACGAUCAUCAGGAUGAGGUGAAAAAAGAUCCGUCGGAUCUUUGGUUCGGGCAACGGUUAGGCAGGAGGAAGAGGAACGGCAAAAUGUACAGAGCGGACCAAGAUCAAGCCAGCGGCAUACUAGACGUGCUCAGGGAAUCUCCUCUGGUCGUUGUUGCAGUCAACGAUGGUAAACAACAGCAUAACUUUACUCCGAGACUGGGGAGGGAUUCGGGUGAGGACGUCGCCGCUUGGCUGCAAGAUCUGGACCUCGAAGGUCCCUUGACGAACGCGAGGUCCACGAUGUCAGUUUUCAACCCUCGUUUGGGGAGGAACAUUUCCCCCUUCUCUCCGCGACUGGGUAGAGACGCCGAGAGAAUUUUUAAGUAAUGUCGACUGUUCCUCGACCUAGGAUUGAAUUAGUACACUUUGCAGUAUAGACACAAAUUGUGAGUGUUUUUUUUGUCACAUAGAAA